AUGGAGGCUAGAGGGUUCUGCUUCCCAAGACAAAGGCAAGUUCUAUUUCUCUUUCUAUUUUGGGGAGUGUCCUUUGCAGGUUCUGGGUUUAGACGUUAUUGGGUAACAGAGGAAACAGAAAGAGGAUCAUUUGUGGUCAAUCUGGCAAAGGAUCUGGGACUAGCUGAGGGAGAGCUGGCUGCAAGGGGAACCAGGGUGGUUUCUGAUGAUAGCAAACAACACUUGCUCCUGGAUUCUCAUACUGGGGAUUUGCUCACAAAUGAGAAACUGGACAGAGAGAAGCUAUGCGGCCCCACAGAGCCCUGUCUGCUGUAUUUCCAAAUUUUAAUGGAUAAACCCUUUCAGAUUUACCCGGCUGAGCUGAGAGUCAGGGAUAUAAAUGAUCACUCACCAGUGUUUCGGAACAAAGAGAUGGUAUUAAAAAUACUGGAAAAUACAGCAGAAGGGACAGCAUUUCGACUAGAAAGAGGACAGGAUUCAGAUGGAGGACUUAAUGGAAUCCAAAACUACACCAUCAACCCCAACUCUUUUUUCCAUAUUAAAAUUAGUGACAGUGAUGAAGGUAUGAUAUAUCCUGAGCUAGUGCUGGACAAAGCGCUGGAUCGGGAGGAACAGCGGGAGCUCAGUUUAACCCUCACGGCUCUGGAUGGCGGGUCUCCACCAAGAUCUGGGACUUCUGCUAUACGCAUAGUGGUCAUGGACAUCAAUGACAAUGCCCCACAGUUUGCUCAGGCACUCUAUGAGGUCCAGGCUCCAGAAAACAGCCCAGUAGGGUCCCUUAUUGUUAAAGUCUCCGCAGGAGAUGUAGACGCAGGAGUCAAUGCUGAAGUAUCCUAUUCAUUUUUCGAUGCUUCUGAAGAUAUUCCAACAACUUUUCAAAUUAAUCCUUUUUCUGGGGAAAUCAUUCUCAGAGAGAUGCUUGAUUAUGAAUUAGUACAAUCUUACAAAAUAAAUAUACAGGCAAUCGAUGGUGGGGGUCUUUCUGCAAGAUGUAUGGUUUUGGUCCAGGUAUUAGACACCAAUGACAAUCCUCCUGAACUGAUCAUAUCAUCACUUUCCAAUCACAUUGCUGAAAACUCUCCUGAUGCGGUACUGGCCCUAUUUAGGAUUAAAGACAGAGAUUCUGGAGAAAAUGCAAAGACAGUUUGCUCCAUUCAAGAUUACCUGCCUUUCCUUCUGAAACCCUCUGUGGACAAUUUUUACAUCCUAAUGACAGAAGGAGCGCUGGACAGAGAGAGUCAAGCUGAGUACAAUAUCAUCAUCACCGUCACUGACUUGGGGACACCCAGGCUGCAAACCCAGCAAAACAUAACAGUACUGGUCUCCGACGUCAAUGACAACGCCCCCGCCUUCACCCAAACCUCCUACACCCUGUUCGUCCCAGAGAACAACAGCCCCGCCCUGCACAUCGGCAGCGUCAGCGCCACAGACAGGGACUCAGGCACCAACGCCCAGGUCACCUACUCGCUGCUGCCGCCCCAGGACCCGCACCUGCCCCUCGCCUCCCUGGUCUCCAUCAACGCCGACAACGGGCACCUGUUCGCCCUGAGGUCGCUGGACUACGAGGCCCUGCGGGCGUUCGAGUUCCGCGUGGGCGCCACAGACCGAGGCGCCCCCGCGCUGAGCAGCGAGGCGCUGGUGCGCGUGGUGGUGGUGGACGACAACGACAACUCGCCCUUCGUGCUGUACCCGCUGCAGAACGGCUCUGCGCCCUGCACCGAGCUGGUGCCCAGGGCGGCCGAGGCCGGCUACCUGGUGACCAAGGUGGUGGCGGUGGACGGCGACUCGGGCCAGAACGCCUGGCUGUCGUUCCAGCUGCUCAAGGCCACGGAGCCCGGGCUGUUCGCCGUGUGGGCGCACAACGGCGAGGUGCGCACCGCCAGGCCGCUGAGCGAGCGCGACGCGGCCAAGCACAGGCUGCUGGUGCUGGUGAAGGACAAUGGCGAGCGUCCGCUGUCUGCCAGCGUCACGCUGCACGUGCUCCUGGUGGAUGGCUUCUCCCAGCCCUACCUGCCGCUCCCGGAAGCGGCCCCGGACCAGGCCCAGGCCGACUCGCUCACCGUCUACUUGGUCGUCGCCUUGGCGUCGGUGUCCUCGCUCUUCCUCUUCUCGGUGCUGCUGUUCGUGGCGGUGCGGCUGUGCAGGAGGGACAGGGCGGCUUUAGGGGGUCGUUGCUCCGUGCCUGAGAGCCACUUUCCUGGCCAUCUCGUGGAUGUCAGCGGUACUGGGACCCUGUCCCAGAGCUACCAGUAUGAGGUGUGUCUGAUGGGUGGCUCCGAGACAAAUGAGUUUAAAUUCUUAAAGCCGGUUAUCCCUAAUAUCCAGGCCCAGGGCCCUGGGAGGAAUAGUGAAGAAAAUCCCAUGUUUUGA